UCCGGGCUGCCGCGUCCGUCAACUUCAGCGCCGGAACUUCCGGCUGGUGUGGCCAUCUUGACUUCCUGACCUUGGUCUCCCGCUGGCCCUCGUCUUUGGUCGGCGCGCCAUCAUGUCUGUCCUGACGCCACUGCUGCUGAGAGGCCUGACCGGCUCGGCCCGGCGGCUCAUGGUGCCGCGCGCUCAGGUGCACUCGAAGCCGCCGCGGGAGCAAAUCGGGGUCGUGGAUGUCACCGUUGGGCUCACUUCCUGCUUCAUCUGUUGCCUCCUGCCUGCGGGCUGGGUCCUGUCGCAUCUGGAGAGCUACAAGAAGCGGGAGUGAAGGGAGCUUCCUCCCCCUAUGACUAGACCACCCUUGCCAGCCCAUCUUGAUCAUGUUUCCUGCAUUCCUGGCUGGCCUUACCUGGGAUCAUGCCAUUCAAUUCCAGUCACCUCUUCUGCAAUCAUGACCUCUCGAUGUUUCCAUGGUGACAACUGGGACCACUUAUAUUGCUGCUGCUUGGUGGGGUCCCCCUUGUAACAAUAAAGUCUGUUUAAACGUUG